UAUAUUUAUAUCUUGGUAACUGUUUAAAAACUGGGACGACAGAGUGUGUGGAAUUCCCCCAUUUAAACUGUGUUAACUUUAUGAUCUCAAGAAGGGCAUUUAAACAGAGAUACUAAUAUACAAUGGUGGACUCCGUUCUCUGUGGAGGUUUACUUAUUUUGAUUCUGUGUCGUCAAUCUCAGUCGUUAUGUGAAACUUUUGACAAAGAUCUGUGCAUUGAAGAGACCAAGAAGAAUUGGACUGAAGCGUCAGAAAGUUGUAACUUGGCAGUAUCCGAUACAUCUCUCAGUCUUGGUGUUCCAAUUACAGAUAUCCCUGUUCUCAUACACAGAUCCUCUGCUCCGACCUACAUGUCUGAUGAUGUUCACUGGAUAGGGGCCACAGGAACAUUCACUUCAUGGUUUGAACUAGCAGGAUGCAGCCUGUAUCAUUACUUUCCGUUCAAUAAACAAUUGAUGUCCAGUUUAAAACUUGGACCUAUUGCUCAAUGUCAUGAAAUAUGUGCAAAUUGGAGAAACAGCUACAAGGAAUUCGGAAUAAACACAACGCAUUGCGUUUGCACAGAGAAUUUAAGACUACAAGCGGGUUUCACUGAAAACAAGCCCUGCAAUUCACAAAAUUCAAUAAACAUCGGGAAUGACGUAAUCGGAACCGGUAGCGAGCAGAGAACGGGAACUUAUGUAUUUGCCUGGUAUAGGAAAGUCAGAGUUACCAAUGAAAUAGAUGAGACAUUAGGCGAUUGUCUGCUGGAGACAAACGAAGGAAAUGAGACGUAUCCUUGUGAUUCAGCAGAUAUAACACAACGUACAUGGAUACAAAGGUAUCGAAAUGAGAUGAAUAAUAACAGUCUUCCAAGAUGGACGCCAUAUGUUCGACGACUGAUUAUAAGCUGGAAGAAAGAUAGCAGUGCUGAACAGAACGUUUCAGUAUGUAUCGGAGUCCGUAACCAAAAUGGAUCUUAUGAACCUCUGCCUCUACGCUGUAGCGAGACUCAUACCUCCAUAUGCAAGAAUGCUGACAUAACGACAGAUACAAUUACACCGCAUACUACAAGUCCUGGUCUCAGAUCAUCGAAGGAACAAACGACGUUUGGGCACCAAGUAACAGGCUCAUCUCCUGUAACUCGUCAGAAAGACAACAAUGAAACACCAGUUUCAUCGAUGCCUUUUAUCAUUGGAAGUGUCGUGGGAGGCCUCCUUUGUAUCAUAAUUGUCGUUACUAUUAUCAUCGUCCUUUUCAUUAAGAGAAGGCGUCCACAUAGAAAAGAGAAAUCUCACCCGGCUCCGACAGAGAAUAUUUAUUACAGUGAAAUGAAAGAAGACAGGAUAACACAUUUAGUAAUGGUGAAAGAAGAGCCAUCACCUACCAUAAACAAUACAGACUACGAUACUACGUUUUUAGUCAACAAAGAGAGGAUAACUGACGAUUCUGAAGAGUAUGGGAAGUUACUGCCCAAUGGUGAAACAGACGUGUAUAAUCACACUUGGGAUAAACCAAUCACAGGACAGCUUACAGAUCAUGUGUAUAGCACUACCUUGUCCGGAAAUGACGCAAAUGUUUACGAUCACACAGAUACUAAUAAUGCAAAGUUAACUAAAGUCAAUGAUGAGAAUAGAACAAUCUCAACUAGAAAUGAUGCAUAUUUGUAUGAUCACACAGAAGCUAAAUAUUCAGACAAAAUUGAAUGAUGAAGAGUAUGGUUUCAGAUAUUAAGAUCAAUUUACCUUGUCAUGUACGACAACCAGAUUUAAUAUACUCACUAGUGGAGUUCUCUACUCAAGAUUUUUUGUGUUUUUAUACAAACGAAACAAUGUCUUUUAAUAUAUAUAUUUUUACAUUUUCAAAUGCUUUAUUCCGAGAUAAAACUAGAAAUAAUGUAAUAGCUUUACAACUACAUAAAGUGAUUGCUUAGCAAGUGACAAAACCCUAUGCUUUCUCGCUGUUUGUUAUUUAGUAAUACACUGGGCCGGACUUGCAGAGAUUUCUCAUUAUUGAAUAAAAAUAUUUUGUUUAAUAAAUUUGUCAAUUAUACUAUGUAUUGAUAUAUUUUAAUUGAUUCAUCAUUUAUUUAGUAAUAAAUGACAAGUCAACUUCCA